UAAGUAUAAAAAAAAAAAUAAUGCUUUAAUGCAUAAUAUAAUAUUAUGUAGACUGCAGUACGCAAAAUACCGUUACACUGCAGUAAAGAAUUCACAUAUUUAUAAAACAAUACUGAUUAUGAAAAUAACGAAAGCAUAUUAUACUUCCUAUAUUAUAUUAUCAAUUAUAUUAUAAUAUGACAGUCUAAAAAAUUCUGAAUUUUUUUAGUAAUAUCUUAUUUAUUGUCGUCCGGUUGAUAUGUGUGCGCACGGUUACGUUCGCUCCGUUAUCUCGUGUAAUAAUAAAACCGCACUCUAGUACGUUAUAAGGUUGAAUAAUUAUCGUACACCAAUUUAUUUAUGAUUGACUAACAAUAAUUUUCGUUAAUAUAACAUCAUAAACGACAUAAACUCAAUUGGGGGCCCGGGCCUUUGAGAAACGUCGGAGAAACCAAUCACAUAAUAUACCUUAUUGUUCGCUUAUUCAAUAUAAUAUUUGAAACUUAGUAUAUCAAAAUGUAUGGAAAUUCUCAAUAUUUUCUGUAUUCAACUACAUUACUGUUCACGUUUUUCGUAACUACUACAUCUAUAAUUCAAUCACCGCCAAAUAUUGUUAAAGAACCAUCUGUUGAUGAAUUACUAUUUCAAGUACCUACUCAUCAAUAUGAAAAUGAUAAACCAUUUAAAAUUGAUUGUGAAGCAGAAGGAGAACCUGCUCCUAAAUAUCGUUGGAUGAAAAAUGGUAAGAAUUUUAAUUGGCAAGCAUAUGAUGACAGAAUAUCUCAACAGCCUGGUAUUGGUUCACUUAUAAUUUACAGACCUAGAGAUGAAGAUCUUGGACAAUAUCAGUGUUUUGCUGAAAAUGUAUGGGGUAUAGCUACUUCUAAAUCUGUGAUGGUUGUGAAGGCUGAACUCAAUUCGUUUAACAAUGAACCGAACAUGUAUAUUGAAGCUCAAGAAGGUGAGCCAUUUAAACUGACUUGUAAUCCUCCUACUGGAUGGCCUAAACCUAUUGUAUAUUGGGUAAUAUUGGAAAAAAAUGGCGGGAAAACAACUGCUGAGAACCUUAGAAUGACGACAGACCCAGAGGGUAAUCUUUGGUUUUCGAAUGUAACGCGAAAUGAUGCUAGCUUUACAUAUUGUUGUUAUGCUAAGUCGUUGAUAAAGAGUGAAUAUAAAUUAAGCAAACAUGUAAAAAUUAAUGUAAUUCAAAAUGCUGAAACGUAUGUAAAAAAUAAAUAUCCACUUAUUCAGCAAUAUGUAUCCAGGAGGAAUGAAGUAGCAUUGUUGAAUAAAAAUGUUGAAUUGUUUUGUAUUUACGGUGGAACUCCAUUACCCCAAACUAUUUGGCUUAAAGAUGGAAUAGUUAUACAAUUUAAUAAACGAGUUACCCUAGGAAAUUUCGGCAAAAGUUUGACUAUUUGGAAAGUAAAUUUUGAAGAUGGAGGAAAUUAUACGUGUGAAGUUAGCAAUGGCGUGGGAUUACCCGAAUCGUAUAAUAUUUUACUUGAUGUCAUGGCUGAGCCGAUUUUCACUGUUAUUCCACAAAUUGUGGAAGGAGGCGAAGGAGAAACGGCAGUUAUUAAAUGCGAAGCAAGUGGAAAUCCACAACCAUCAAUCAAAUGGAUUCAUAAUGGUCGUCCACUGAGUGAAGCAUCACCAAAUCCAAGACGCUUUGUCACUUCUAAUUCUAUAACGAUUACAUCAUUAACUAAGUAUGAUAUUGGAAAUUAUGGUUGUAACGCUACUAAUAGUAUUGGAUAUGUUUACAAGGAUGUUUAUAUUAAUGUAUUAGCUUUAGCACCAGAAAUCAUUGAAUUUCCACCUGAUGUGAAAACGUUUGUUGGUAGUACUACAAUAAUUACAUGCAAACCAUAUGGAGUACCUAAACCACAUAUAAAGUGGACAAGAAAAGGUAUAGAAUUAACUGGUGGACGAUAUUCAAUUUUAGAUAGUGGUGAUUUAGAAAUAAGUAAAGUUAGUUUUAUUGAUGCUGGGGUUUAUACUUGCAUUGCUACUAAUAAAUAUGGAACGGCAAGUGCAUCUGGAACACUUACUGUUACAGGUAUUACAGAAAUUAUUACUGAACCUGAAGACAAUAUGGUUGUUGUCGGAUCAAUGGCAGUAUUUAAUUGUAUAGCAACUGCAGAUCAUUCUUUGCAUCUUAACAUCGAUUGGUUAGUUAAUAACGAACCUAUAGAUUAUGAUACCCAACCUCGUUUUAUCAAAACUAAUAACUAUUCUUUGAUCAUUACUAAGACUAUUGAACUGGACUCAGGAAUUUAUACAUGUUUAGCUAAAACUGAGUUUGAUCAAGUCACAGCUAAUGCCACCCUUAUUGUUCAAGAUAAACCAAAUCCACCAACAUUAUUGAAAAUUACUUGUAAUAAAAUAAAUGCAGUUGUAAAAUGGCAACCUAAUGGAGAUAAUCGUGCACCUAUACUACGUUAUAUUAUUGAGUACAAUACCAGUUUUGAACCUAGUACUUGGUUAGUUGCAUCAAAUGAUGUACCUGCAUCUGAUCUCAAGUUUAUUGCACCAAUGACACCAUGGGCAAAUUUUACAUUCAGGGUGAUUGCAAAGAAUAAAAUUGGUAAAUCAAACCCAUCUUUACAUUCAAGUGUUUGUACCACACAGCCAGAUGUACCUUAUAAAAAUCCAGAAAAUAUUGAAAUUUAUGGAACUGACUCAACUAACCUUGUUAUUAACUGGACACCAAUGCCAAAAAUUACUCAUAACGCUCCUGGCUUAAGAUAUAGAGUUUAUUGGAAACAAGAUAUGCCUGACAAUGUCUGGAAUUUAAAUGAAACAAUAGAUUAUACUAUAAAUGAAUUAGUUUUCUCAGAUCAACCAACAUACACACGUUAUAAAGUAAAAAUAGUUGCAUUUAAUGAAAAAGGUGAAUCUAGUGGACUUCAAAAUGAAGUUAUUGGGUAUUCAGGCGAAGAUGGGCCACUUGAUGCACCUAAUAAUCUAACUGUUAUGAAUGUUACUGGAAGUAAAAGUGCUAUAUUGAGUUGGGAACCUGUAUCACCUGAAUCUAUAAGAGGAAACUUUAAAGGCUACAAAAUCCAAUUUUGGGCUGAUAGAGAUGGAGAAGAUAAUAAGAUUGAAGAGGAAGUUAGUUUGGAUAAAACAACAGUGGAAAUUAAAAAUUUUUUUCCAAACGCUAAUAAUACUGUUUGUAUUCUGGCUUACAAUAGUCGCUUUAAUGGGCCUCUUAGUCCAAACAUAUAUUUUGUUACGCCUGAAGGAGUCCCCGGACCUGUUAAUGGAGUAGAGGCUAAACAAUGGGGUUCUUCUGCAAUUUUAUUAAGUUGGCAACCACCAGACGAAGCGAAUGGAGUAUUGACAGGCUACGAGGUUUCUUAUGAAUCAAUGACUGAACGGGGGGCUGGAGAAAGAACACAAUGCCCAUCUAUUACCAAUCCUAAACAGACUACUGCCAAACUGACUUCAUUAAAACCAUCAACUAAUUAUCGAAUUUACAUCAAAGCAACCACAAAAGUUGGUGUUGGUGAACCAUUUUUUAUUGAACAGCAAACCAAAUCUCCUUUACUAAUAGACACUGAACUAGAUAAGCCGGUGUUCAACUAUAUCCAUAAACCAUACAAUAAAAUGUUUGAUACAGUUCGUAUUUUUUGGACACCAAACCUUGAUGGAAAUCCUGGAUCUCAUUUUUUUGUGAAAUACAAGCUUAAAUCUGAUUAUUUGUACGAAGAAACUAAACAUGAAUUUUACAAGAAUUUUAUCGAUGUAAAAGGUUUGAAACCAGAAAAAUUGUAUGAAUUCAUUGUAGUUGCUGUUGAUGGAAAUAUCAUACAACAAUCAGAUACUGUUGAAAUUGAAGCUGUAAACCAUGUAGCUGGUAUUAUAGAACCAGAAGAAACAACUGAAUAAUUCUAAAUGCAUUCAAACAAGAAGAAAACACAAACAUUUCAAUCCUCGGAAAUUUAAGUGGUUUAAUCACCGUGUUUUUUUUACCUAUCAUUAGUAUAAUUUAUUAAGUCUAUUUUAUUAAUUUAAUUAUUCUACUUAUCUAUUUAGUUAAAUAAAAUAUAUUCAGAAAACCCGGUAAUAACACAGCUUGGAAAUUAUAUUUUUUUAAAUUUAUUUUUAGUAGAGGUUUUAAUAUGAUUUACCUAUUUGACAUAUAAUAUGUACCUAUACUUACCUAUUUUUAUCGUGUACACCUGUCCAUAAAAUUCAAUGUCAAAAUUGUAUAAUCUUUAUUUUAUGCGAAACAUUAACAUUAAAAUAGAACUUUAAAAAAAAAUUUACAAAAAGGUAUAAAAAUUAAAUAAAUACUACUUAGCUGAAAAGCUUCUCUUUGCUACUGUUCUCACUGUAAUUAUCCAUAAUUAUUUAUAAU